AUGGCCAAAAGAAAAUCAGGGGGUCUUUUGAAUAGACAUCGUUCCAUUACAAGUGCAAAAAAGUUGUCUGCUCCCAAAGGUAUUAAACCCCAGCAGGCAAGACAGCUCAUCAGAAGGUUCCAUAUUUUGCAGAAGAACAAACAUUCUAUCUUGAAAAAGAUUAGCAAAGAUUAUAAGAAAUGCGAUCAUGAGCUUACUGAGUCCAACUAUAAGGAAGUACUUUCCAGUACGAAGGAAUGGAGAAAAUUUUACAUAGCUAAUGCAGACCCAGAGUCUCAAACUCUUCCCUCGUCUUCCAGUGCAACAGAUAUCAUCAAAAUAGACUCGGGCAUCACAAUACCACAACUUUUUUCACAAUUAGGGAAAAUCGAUGCAGAAAUAGAGAAAAGAGGUGGGCUAGAGGCUUACCAAUCUGCUUCUAUACAUGGACAGGAUUCAAAUAGAGGUGGGGAUUCUUCCAAGAAGCUCAUAGAAUGGUUGAAUCAAUCUCCAUAUAACGCAGUAAUUCACUCACAGUCGAAGGAAGAAAAAAAAUUGAGCGCCCUUGAAAUCGGGUGCCUAAACCCAGCCAAUUUCAUAUCAACAAGCGGAAUAUUCGCUAAUGUGGUUAAGAUCGACUUAAACUCGCAAUCACAGCAGAUUCUACAACAGAAUUUCAUGGAAAGACCGUUGCCUGCCAACGACAGCGAGCGGUUCAACUUGAUUUCAUGUUCCUUGGUUUUGAAUUUUGUACCUACUCCACUUGAAAGAGGUGAGAUGUUAAGACGUUUGACUAAGUUUUUGCUUCCACCUACACCUAAUAGCAUGAGCAGCUUAUUCUUCGUGUUACCCUUGCCAUGCCUUGAGAAUUCGAGAUACAUAGACACUACGAUAUUUGAAAGCAUGAUGUCAGACUUGGGUUUCAAGAAGGUGCUUUCGUACCAGGCUACAAAGUUAAUAUACUACUUGUUUGACUGGGAAGGUAAGAUCAAAAGUAACAUCAAAUACCUGAAAAAGCAGUGCUACGAAGGGAGUAAGAGGAACAAUUUUUGCAUAGUGUUAGAAUAG